AUGCUGCUACCUUCCGCUCUUUCUUGCGACGUGCGCCGGUCGUCUCGCUUCACGCCCAAUCGCCUCUUCUCAACCCCUCCUCCUCCUUCGUCUUCUUCCUCCGAUCCAGCAUACCCGGCCGGCAAUGGUCUGUUGGGUACCUGUCGCGCUCUCCAAGCACUCUUGAACGGUUCUCCCGCACCCUCUCCUCGACAGACGUCGAAGUCGCAGCGCCUUCAGAGCCCGUUGGCCAUCUCCCAGCCGCGUCGCUCGCCGCGGACGCGCAAAGUCGCACGACCUGCGUCACCCCGUCCCACGCCUCCACCGACGACGGCGGCCUCCACACCACCACCGCCCCCGUCGGCUCCCGCGCGCGUGCCGCGCAACUCCACCAAGCGCCGCCGCGCGGAAUGGGACGAUGAGGACAGCGAUGCCGAUUUCGGUCGUCCUUUAUCCACACCCAAACGUCACCGUCACAUGCCAUACGAACUUCCUCUCGGACUCUCCUCAACCGACUUCUACUCCUUACAUUCUCCACCCAUCACUCAGUCACCCCCAUCUCCACCGCGACGGCAACUUUUGCCCGGCAUCGAGGAGGCCAUGGCGCGCAUUGACCCCGAUGCCGCCCUGCCUUCGAUUGAAGAGCCCGAGGAGACCACCCAACAGACCUAUCCAUCCUGCCAAGCCCACGAGAAUCAACGCUUGGUUGAAAUUGUUCUGGACCGAUUCCGACUCUCCCAGCAAGAAUGGGACGAGUGCGCCCGGCAAAUGGGCCGCCAAAAUGGUGCGGAUAUCCAACGUCAAUGGAAUAAUUUGAUGGGAGCAGGUCAGAUCGGUCUUCGGCGCGAGGAGUAA